AGAAAAUCAAUAAUUGAAAUUUGAAAAAUAAGAAAAUGAAUUAGAAAAGCAAAAUACCUUAACUAUCCUUAAAUAAGGUUUGACCAAGCUAAAAAAAUAAAUCUAAAAACAACCAAUGAAAAUUAAGUAUAGUGAUGGUCAUUGUGAGAGUGACCGAGGAAGUAUGUACCUAGGGCUGGCAAAAGCUGACCCGACCCGACAACCCGACCCGAACCCAACCCGAAAUAAAUGGGUUUUGAUAGAGAUUUUCAACCCGUUUAUGUAAUUGGGUCAACCCGAACCCGACCCGAAGUUAAAUGGGUCGGGUUUAGGUUGAAAAUCCCAACCCGAAACCAACCCGCAUAAACCCGUUUAUUUAAUUGGGUCGGUUUCAGGUCGGGUCAACCCGAACCCAACCCGCUUAACUUAAUAAAAAAAUAAUAAACGCUUAACAUAAUGUACCACUACCUGGUAUGGGAUAUGCCCAACCCAUACCAUAAUAAAAAAAUAAUUUUUGCAAUUUUUUUAAAGCUAAAAAGAAAAAAAAUAAGUAAAAGUGACAGGAGGGGGUAAAAGGCUGAAACCCGCUAAAUUGAAUCCAACUCGCGCGAAAGGUAUUACGAAGGCCGGAAAACCGCUUAAACUAUAUCCAAGAAAAACAGAGUAGAUCUGGUUCCGCAACCUGUCAACUGUAUGAAGAAGAGAUCGUUCUUCUCAAUUUUAGGGUUUAUUUUUGUUAAUUGAAACAUUAUGAGUGAAUUGGUUGGGUUAUAAUUACUCCUUUUGAGUAGUAUAAGUGGAUUUUCGUAUCAGUGGGUUUUGGUAGUGUUGUUUUCAAUUUCUUCGUAGUUUUUUUGAAGUAUCUAUGUAAUUUGUGUUGGAGCUAUGUUUUAAUCUCUAAAUAAUUUCUUUUUUGCACAAUUAUUUAAUUAUUUUGUAAAUAAUAUACUGCAAUAUGGGGAGUAUAUGAUAGAAGUUGUUGGAUCUUAGUAGGCCAAUUUUAUGAGCUGUUGAACUUUCGGUGAACUUGUUAAGGCCAUUAUAAAUUUCCUUGAAUUUGGAGGUGGGCUUAAUUUCUGAAUUGAAUUUAGUAUAAUUCCUUAGUUCUAAAUUGACAUUAAUACAUUAUUUGGAGUUGGUAUAUUUGCUUUGUUUGAUAUGGUCCUUGACUCACAAACUUGUAUUGUAGUGACAUGGCUUUAGUUGAUGAUGAUUUCAACCAUUCGGAGCAUGGUUCGGAGGAGGGCUUUUGUACUCCUCUUCGAUGUGUGGUUGAGACUCAAGAAGGACAGAUUCACGAGGUGGAGUUGUUAUCAACCCCUAUUGAUUCAGUUGUAGAUGAAUUCAACCAUUUGGAGGAGGGCUUUUGUACUCCUUUACGUUGUGUAGUUGAGAAUGAAGAAGGACAGGUUGAAGAUAAACUUAACGACCCUGAAGUAGGUAUGGUUUUCAGUAGUUGGGAGGAGGCUGACAAAUUCUGGAGGCAGUACGGGAAGCAGCGAGGUUUUGGUGUGCUACGUGCAGCUGGUAAUUACAAAACUGAGAAUGGUAGAAGUGAUAAAACUAAGCUGAGGAGUUACAUAUGGAGAUGUGAAUGUGCUGGGCAGCCUGAUAUAAGACGAAAAGUUAAUGGGAAAAGGGUUUAUGGUGGUGGUUUAAGUUUGCAAUUAAAUCGUAGGAAGACGAAGAAAUGUGGUUGUCUUGUGCAAAUGAGGGCAGCUUGUAAGCAGGAUGGUUCAUGGGAAGUUAAGAAGGCAGUUGUAGUGCAUGUGAAUCACAAUCCUACUCCCCGGAAGUCGAGAUAUAUUUCAAUGUUUCGGCAAGGUGAAAUAAAUAGUGUGGUUAAGAGGAAGCUCUUUAAUGACUGCAGUGCGGGCAGUAAAGUGACACAAGUACAUCGUAAUUUGGCAAAAGAGAGGGGCGGAGUUGAGAACAUGGCCAUAACCGAAAGAGACCUAAGGAAUGUUCUAGCUAAGGAGAAGAAGUUUAAGAUGAGUGGUGGUGAUGCAAAUGCAAUGCUUGCCUAUUUUGAUAAGAUGAGUGCCGAUAAUCAGAACUUCUUUCACAAAUAUAGGGUAGAUGAUGAGGGUAGGUUGACCGAUGUGAUGUGGGUUGAUGCCCGGAGUAGGGUAGCGUAUGAGGAGUUUGGGGAUGUUGUGUGCUUUGACUCGACAUACAUUACUAAUGAGUAUAAGCUGCCUUUUUCUAAUUUUGUUGGUGUCAAUCAUCAUGGCCAGACCAUAUUAUUAGGAUGUGCCCUUGUAUCUCACGAGGACACCGACACAUUUGUGUGGUUGUUUAACAAUUGGAAAGAGUGCAUGAGUGGCAAAGUCCCUGGUGGUUUCUUGACAGAUCAGUGUCCGACAAUGAGAAAAGCAUUGAGUAUUGUAAUGCCCGGUGCGAAGCAUAGGCGGUGUUUGUGGCAUAUUCUUAACAACUUCGGCACCAAAUUGGGAAAGUAUUCGAAGUAUGAAGAAUUCCAUGACGUUCUGCUUAAUGUCAUAUAUGACAGUUUGACCGAAGAAGAAUUUGAGGUUAAUUGGACCCUAGCAAUGGAGUCAUAUGGUCUUGCAAAUGACGACUGGCUUACAGAAGUUUUUGAGAACAAUCAAGUGGAAUACAACUCUUUCAAGGCCGCAAUUUGUACGAUCAACGGAGUAGACAUUACCAAUCAUCCAGAUUUGAUGAAUCGUCCACCGUAUAGAAAAGAUGGCUUUCCUUCCGCUUAUGUCGAUAACAUGUCCAAUGCUGUUCUAACCUAUGUUGAGAAAGUAGAUGACGGUUGGUGUCGCGGGUCUUCUACAUCCGAGGUUGAAGGAGAUUCCAGUGAUGAUGGUAAGGAUUGGUGUCGUAGUUCUUCCACAUCUGAGGUUGAGAUCAGAGGUGAUUACAGUGAUGAUGAUGAUGAUGAUUUCUGAGAUUUGAUGAGUCAUCCCUCUUAGCAAAUAUGGGUUUCCUUAUUGUCUUUGUUUGGUAUCCAAUCUAGUAAAAUUGUUAAUUAUAGCAUUUUAUGUUAAGAUCUGCUAAUUAUGUCAUUAUUAAUGUGAUAUUAAUCUAAUAGGUGAACUGCUAUGUUGUUUUCCAAAGGACUUGAGGCUAGUUAUGUUUAUUUUAUGUUUUAGUUAAGGACUUAUUAAUCUAUGUAAUUGUUUUUAUUUGGAUCCUU